AUGGCUGACAACCACCCGGAUUGGAGGACCCAGCUGUCGGCAUCCGAGCGUUAUGAGAACAUACAGAAAAUAAAGGCAGUUCUGGAAGCUGCCAACCCAGAUGCCAAGGCAACAUCACAGUCUGAAGCAUUUUCGGUUGAGAAUCAAGCUUACAAGGACUCUUCCUCAAAAGCCCAAUAUGAUGAGAUCUGUCAGCUAGUCGGCGCAGCCAACCUGGCUCUUCAAGAGGCCACAGCACCUGCCAACCAGUCCGAUGAUGGCAUCGGUGUCACCAUCGGCUCUUACAAGAACUGCUUGCCUGUUGCAACUGGCCUCACUUCAGAGGUUUACCGAUGCAAAGAUCGUGCUCUGAAGGUCAUCGUAGAGACACACAAUAUCGAGCCACACAACCCUCACCGCGAGGCCAAGAUCCUUGCGACCUUGAGGCGGCCGUGCAUCCCGUUGCUUGAAACGUUCCGAGAUCAAGAACAAAGAUUCGUCCUUGUUUUUCCCUACAAGCCAUUUACACUUGCCCAUGUCAUUGACCAAGGGGCUCUGCCGCUCCCCCGACUCCGCCGUCUCUUCCGGGAAAUUUUUACUGCCCUGAAAGAUAUCCACAGCCAGGGCAUUAUCCACAGAGACGUCAAACCGGAGGCUAUUUUGUUGGACGGACCAGAUGGACCUGCCUAUCUUUCAGAUUUCGGAACGGCCUGGCACCCCACCAUGUCGGCCGUCUCCGAGCCGGCUAACAGCAAGAUUCUAGACAUUGGAACCGGCCCGUAUCGGGCACCUGAAGCACUCUUUGGUCACAAAGCUUACGGCCCGUCUGUCGACAUGUGGGCCGCUGGGACGAUGCUUGCUGAAUGUGUCCGCGACCCUCCGAAGCCUUUGUUUGAAUCGAGACCAGCGCACGAAGACGGAAACCAGCUGGGUUUGAUCUUGAGCAUCUUUAAGACUCUCGGUACACCCACGAGGGACACCUGGCCUGAAGCCGCGAGUUUUAAGACACCGCCGUUCGAGAUGUACCGCAUGUUUGACGGCCAGCCCUGGGAGGCCAUCCUGCCCGAGGCGGAUCCGAAAGUGCUGGAUCUAAUUGCGAGCCUGGUUCGCUUUGAUUCCGGGAGAUUGACCGCUGAACAAGCCUUGCAGCACAAGUGCUUGAAUGAACCCAAUGAGGCAAAGCCCCAAGACUCCGAUCAACCUCUUGCGAUAUAG